AUGAAACAAAAAGAUAGGAAAGGGAAGAAACGCGAAGAUUCAGUCACGCAUGAAACGAUCAGACGUAAAUUACAGUCACCUGGUAUGAUUAUUUAUUUCGAUAAGAAAGUUCAAAGGAGAAAAAAAAUUCCAAAUAUGAUUGAGUUCAAAUUAAUUAGAUUUAAAGGCAUGAUUUCAAAAUUAGAAUAUCGCUCUGAUAGUUAA